AUGGCCCAAACGAGACCGCAUGGACAUAGGUCUCUUCAAGGGGAAUCUUCUGGCACUGACAUAAACAUGCCAGAAGGAGAUAUACCUGAUGCCGAUAUUGACGUUAGUUCGGACGAACAACACUCAUCUCUGGCUCCUGGAGAAGAUACUACCAACGCUGGUUCGACCAAAUCCUUGUCCGAACAUGCUUACCGGGUGGUGGAGGAAAAUGGUCGUCAAUAUUGUGACAGCACAUAUUUCAUGCCAAACGACGAACGAGAGCAGACUCGUUUGAACAUUGUUCACCAAAUGUACCUCAUCAUCCUAGAAGGCCGAUUGACAAAGUGUGCUCUCCCCCAAUCGAUAAAAAGAGUCCUCGAUGUCGGCUCCGGGCCCGGUGAUUGGGCGCUUGCCAUGGGAGACGAGUUCCCGGACGCAGAAAUAAUAGCCACUGAUAUUAGUGUUUUUGAUACCGAGUCAGUUGGCAGUUGUCCACCAAACGUAUCCUUCCAGAUAGAUGACGCUCAAGGGGAAUGGACGUUUAAUGAGCCCUUUGAUUUUAUCCAUGUCCGAGGGUUGGGUGGUGGAAUUUCUGACUGGUCCGUGUUUUAUCAGCAAGCAUAUCAGCACCUUGCCCCUGGAGGGUCCAUCCAGGUAGCGGAAUCUGCUCUUUUGACCGGUGACACACACUUGCCGAAUUCCCCCCCAGACUCGUACCUCAGCAUAUAUCUCGGAGCACUCGGCUCUGCUGCCGCGAUGGCGGGGUAUCCAAGGAAUUUUAAUCACCUUCGUUCUGCUGCUUUUGAGGCAGCUGGGUUUACUGAUAUCCGCAUAUAUGACACCAACAUCCCCGUAGGCACCUGGCCUGCAGAUCCACAGGAGAAAACCCUUGGAAAAAUGACUUUGAUUGUCUUAUUUGAAGGCCUCGAGGCUACCAGUAUGCGCCUCUUGACAAAAUUUCUCGGCUGGACCGCGGGGCAGGUUAUCGAUCUGUGUAAGAAGGUCCAAUUGGAAAUUUUGACGAGUGAAGGUAUGGGAGGACUGGUAAAGAUCGCGGUGGCCCGGAAGCCACACUAA